AUGAAUUCAGCACUUGUCAUAGUCGUCUUUAUGUUCUUGUCAUCGAUACACCAAAUAUGGAAGACAGAAUGCUUGAAAAAGGUGAGCAUGUUGAAAUCUCAAAUGACAAAAAAUGGAAUUUGGAAACUCCCAAUCGUUUCAUCAUCCAGAAAUAGGAAAAAGAAGUAUGCCAAUUGCAACGUACAUAUUUUUAAAAGAAUAAAGAAGCCCAUAAAACAUUACGCUUUUCAAGAUUUAGUAUAUUCAAAUAAAAAAAAAAAAAUUGUGAAUUUAAUUUACUUAGAUAUAAUAAAUAAAGAUAAGGAAAAAAUAACUGAGAAACUAAAAAGAAUUGUUCAGAAACAAGAAAGAUUGAAUUUCCCAUUACAUUUUAGCGAGAGCAUACAUUAUUUUCACACGAAUUUUAUGUAUUACUGUAUGCUGCAGAAAAUCCUAAUUUUGAACCCAUAUAUAUUAUCCAUACUUAAAAAAGUUCAUAAAAUUUUUUGUCAUAAAUUCAAUAUGAAUAUAUUGAACAAAAUAAUAUUUAAUAUAUCUAUGUUUGAAAAGAAGUAUAUAUGGAAUCAAGUAAAAAUUGAUAGACUUUUUAUAAACAUGUUAAAGAAGCAUCAUAGAAAAAUACGGACCCAAAUAGAUGAUUUCUUAAAAAAGAAUGAAUAUUAUUGCUAUAUCAUGGAGAAGAAUGGAUACAUUAAAAGAUCAACAAUUGAUGAUAGUCAACUUUCAUCUGCACUAAGUAAUAUAUAUGGCGUCCAAUUUUAUCACCUUUUUGAAGAACAUUUUUUUAAAAAAAGUAUUAACACUAUUAUGAAGCUGAUUAACACUAAUGUUCAAUUUAUCCUUUUAAAAACUUUUAUUAGUGAUAGAUAUUCAGCACAACAAAUUUUGUACACUUAUAAAACAUUUUUCACAUUAACAAUUCAGAAAAAUACCAUCGCUAUUUUUAGUCCAUUUGUAGAAACUGAACAAAUGAAAAAAAAUUUGUCGAACAUUUUGGAUGAAACAGUAAAAAGACAACUCAAUGUCGACAUACCCAAUUUAAAAAUGAUGAAUAUGAUAAAUUUGUGUUUUAUAAUGACCAAUCUUCUAUUGAAUAAACUCAUACAAAUGUUGUUCUAUCUUAUUAUGUUGUAUAUAAAAAAAAAAAUUCACCAAGGGGGGGGAGGAGGGUUGUUCAUGCGUGUUUUAAAUUCACUUUCAUUUGGUUAA